AUCAUUGGGAUGUCUGAAAGGCUUUAGGCUUCACGGAAGCAUUUGCUUAUGUGAUUAUGCUUCCAUUGAACAUGCGGGGACAUGGAAAAGACCGAGAAGAGUGUAACUAGUGUUGGAUUGCCGUGAAGCCAGUGAAUUAUUAUAUCGGAGAUAAAAUACGGUUGGAUCAUAGAUUGUUGCGUAACAGAAUUUCAACAUUAAUUCAGAGAAUGUUAAUUCGCUUGGACCGUUUCAUGUAUAUUUUGGUCGUUUUGGCCUAUAAUUCUUACUCGAGUCUCUGUAUUCAGCACGAAGCCCCACGCAUAUAUCAAAACUCAGAGGUACCGACAUCGCACCAAAACUUUCAGAUACAGAUGAAAGAGCUUCGCAACUUAGCCAUUAUAAAAGCCGACAUACUGAGGCGCUUAGGGAUCAUGGAUCCUCCAAUGCGUCCAACUGCUCCUCCUCUCACCACCAAACCCCCACAAAGGUCAAAGGUGAUGGCUUUAAGAUCAUGCGAUAUCACCAGAAUUCUCUCAGAAGUACCAGCUACGGCCGCAGACACUCACACCAUUCAGUUUGAGCUAUCCGGCAUUUUGUCCGAUAAUCAAACGGUUAUAGACAAGGUAAAUUUAAUCGUGAGACUCAAAUACAAGAAGAAAAGAAAUCAAAACCGUUUGGAUUUUCAGUCGGUCAAAUCAUCGGAUAAAAGCAACAUUGAUUUGACAAAGAAGAGAAAAAAGGACAGACGUCGAAGGCGAUUUUUGGAAAUCAAGCUUACGGUUUCCAAUGUGACGCACGAUGGAAAACAAGGGACUGUACUCACAUCGGUGAAAUCUCGCCUCAAAAAGACAAAGACCCUCCAGUUAACGUUACACCCGUCAAUUCUUGUAAACGCACUUAUUUCUGACAGCCAAACACUAAAGUUGCAUAUUGUCUGCGGCGGGUGCGGGCGUCGAGCUUCCCUGAUUCUUCUACACAAACACAAAAAGCGAAAACGGGCAAAAGGCAAUCACACAGCAAGAUUGUUACACAAACGACGUCCAGUUUUAUUCAUACAAACUCAUAAAAGUGUGCCUAGUUGACCAUUAUGGUCUGAUUGUAGAAGAAAGUUUGCUCAUCUCCAUUACGUUUAAUUCAUUUAUAAGGUUUAAAACAUGCUGCCAACGGAAACUUUAUUUUACUUGACCUUUAAAUCGAAAACUUGUAAGACAGAAAUCAAAUUGAAAGCAUCGAUACUGAAAGGUCAUAUUGAAAUGUCAACAAUUUAAGAAAUAUAUAAAUUGAAAGGGACGUAAAAAUGGUGGUGAUUUCUAGAUUGUAUUUGGUUAGGUUAAGUUUUUAAAAUUGCAGUUCCUUAUGAAAUAUUCAAAGUUGUUGGCCACAACUGAAAAUAUAAGGCAAACACCGUUAUAUUCAGGAUAAUGAUUUUAAGAAUGCAGUCGCAUAACUGUAUUACCUUUAUGUUUAAAUGAUUUACUGUUACUAUUUUGAUAUUCAUGCAAAGGAUAUGUGAUGAUAUUCAGAUUUGUCAACGUUUUUUUUAUGAAGCAUUACUACUUUGUUUUGAACGAAACUGUUAUGCUGGUCUUUUAUUGAUCACAGUGGUGUGUUAUUGCCAGAUAAAGAUGUUAUAUUGUUA